GAGGAAAGGAGGGAGGGCAGGAGGGAGGGAGAAAGGAAAGCGGGCAGGUGACACCGCGCUGGGCUGCUCGGGCUCGGCGGGCGCGGGGCGGGCGGCAGGAGCGCGGCGGCCAUGCACGUCAAUGGGAAGGUGGCUCUGGUCACCGGCGGGGCGCAGGGCAUCGGACGGGCUUUCGUACAGGCGCUGCUGGGCAAGGGCGCCAAGGUAGCCCUCCUGGACCGCAACUCCGAGGCCGGACAAGAGAGCAAGGCGGCCCUGGACGAACAGUUUGAAGCGCAGAGGACGGUGUUCAUCCAGUGUGACGUGACGGAUGAGGAGCAGCUGAAAGAUGCUUUCAAAAAAGUAAUUGAACAUUUUGGAAGGCUGGAUAUUGUGGUUAAUAAUGCUGGAGUGAACAAUGAGAAGGACUGGGAAAGCACUAUACAAACUAACUUGACAUCUGUGAUUAGAGGAACCUACCUUGGCCUAGAAUACAUGAGAAAAGGAAAUGGAGGCAAUGGAGGAGUAAUCAUUAAUAUCUCAUCCUUGGCAGGACUCAUGCCUGCUGCAUUUCAACCUGUGUACUGUGCUACAAAGCAUGGUGUAAUUGGAUUCACACGAUCAAUAGCAUUAGCUGCUAAUAUGGACAACUAUGGUGUAAGACUCAACACAAUUUGUCCAGGAUUUGUCAACACACCAAUUCUUCAGUCCAUAGAUAAAGAAGAGAAUAUGGGACAAUAUUAUUCAUAUAAGGAUGAGAUCAAAAAUAUGAUGCAGUUCUAUGGCGUGAUGGACCCAUCAACAAUUGCUGAGGGACUAAUAACAAUAAUUGAAGAUGAUACUCUAAAUGGAGAAGUAAUGAAGAUUACAGCAUCCCAAGGGAUUCAUUUUCAGCAAUACGGCCAAACACCUUUUCCAUCAUCAAAGAGAUAAAUAAUUGUUUUGUGCUAAUUACUCCUGGCUUUUCUUAAAUAUAAAAAGUUUUGAAAAGAGUAAUUUUGGGGAAAAGGGUUAAUGUUUUAUCUAGAGCAGUAACAGUGUUCAAACGUUUGCUAUAACAAAGAAAUGGGCAAGAAAAUCUGGUGUGGGAAGAUGUUACCACUCUAUUCUGAUUAUAAAAACACUAAGAAGAUUAUUUAUUUAGUAUAAUAAACACACUGCUCUGAAGACGUUUUUUGUUCUUUAGUAAUAGAGGCCACUUUUUUCAUUCUGGUAGUUCUGAUCUACAGACUCCAAGUGUAUUUUGGUGGACGUGACUUACUUUCUUAAAAUUCUUUUCACUGUUGUGCCUACUUACAUCUUCAGUUCUUCAGACCAGGAAUUCAAUUCAGGAAUCUAGCCCAUAAGCUCUGUAAGGAGUUAAGAAUUUACUUUUUCUUAUGAAAAUUAAGCAGAACAAGAGGCAAAAUUCAAACUCCUUAUAUAUAUAAGUAUGUUCAAAAUUCAAAUUCCUGGUGUAUAUAUGCACAUAUAUAUUAGUAUGUUCCAUAUCAUAUAAGAAAGUACAGAUUUUUAUCUUCUUAGAUUUUAGGUAUUUAUAAAAUAAUCUAGAAAUAUUUUUGUUUUCUUUUAUAUAUAUAUAUAUAUAUAUUUGUGUGUGUGUGUGAAUUUUCUCUCUCUGUAUAUAAAAGGAUGAAUACUUUGGCAUUGUUUGAAAUGUCUGCUCACUCAUUAGAUCAUAUUUUCCAAACCUUUAAAUCUAAUUUCUUUCCUGAUUGAUUAAAAUAUUAAUUCAA